AUGAAGAAAGAUAAAGUUAGGCCAAAUGGAAAUUGCUUGGUGACCACUUUGAAAGCUUGUUCUUUGAGUUCAGAAUUGUUUUAUGGGACAUUGUUGCAUGGGAAAGGUGUUAAAUUUGGGCUUUUGUUUGAUGUUUUUGUUGGUUCCUCUCUUGUUGAUCUUUAUGCAAAAUGUGGUGAGAUAGAAUUGGCAGAGAGAGUGUUUGUUUACAUGGAUAAAAGGAAUGUUGUGUCGUGGAAUGCAUUGCUUAAUGGAUAUGCUCUAAAGGAUUCAAGAAGCAGCAGAGUUGUUUUGCCUAAUGAGACACAAAGGGGUAAGAAUCAACAUACUUUUGCAAGUAUUGCUAGUGUAGCUGCUAAUUCGGGUGAUCAGUUCUAUUGUGAAGGCAUUCAUGCUUGUAUACUUAAAUAUGGAUUUGAAUCCGAAAUUGUUUUGAGCAAUGCACUUAUUGCAAUGUAUAUGAAAAUCAGGUCAGUCCAAAAUGGUUGGCAUGUGUUUAAGGAAAUGAGUUCUUGGGAUUUAGCUUCAUGGAAUGCUCUUCUUUCCGGAUCAUAUAGCGAUAAAACUUGUUAUCAGGGACCAAGUAUCUUUCACAAAAUGCUUGCUGAAGGUUUUAAGCCUGAUAUCUAUACAUUUACUAACAUUUUAAAAUCUUGUUCCCAUCUUUUAAAUCUAAACUUCGGACAGCAAGUGCAUGUCCAUAUAAUAAAGAAUGGCCUGGAUGAUAAUAAUUCGGUGGGAACAUCUCUUAUCGACUUGUAUGUCAAAAAUGGAUUUUUGGCGGAUGCAGAUCUACUUUUUAGUCAAUUGAUUGAGAGAGAUCUUUUAUCAUGGACAACAUUAAUUUCUGGUUAUGCCCAAAGUGAUCAUUCGGAGAUGGCUAUCGAGUACUUCAAUCAGAUGCAAGGGCAAGGCGUGAAGCCCAAUGAAUUCACUCUUGCCACCUGUUUGAGUAAUUGCUCCAAGAUGGCGAUGUUGGAAAAUGGGCAGUCGCUUCAUUCUAUGGCGUUAAGAGCCGGGAGUUUUGAUGAUGUGUUUGUAUCUUCUGCUAUUGUAGAUAUGUAUGCCAACUGUGGUUGCAUAGAAGAAGCUGAAGCUGCUUUCCAGGGCAUGGUGUCAACAGAUGUUUCAUGGAACACAAUGUUAUUCGGAUACUUGCAACAUGGGCAAGGAUCGAAGGUUUUAGAAACUUUCAAGAUAAUGUUAGAUAAUGGCCUCAAGCCAGUUGAGGUAACGUUCAUCGCAGUUUUAUCUGCAUGUAGUCAUAUGGGCUUGGUCGGAGAAGGGAAAGAGCACUUCGACUCUUUGACCAAUAUUUAUAGGAUGGCACCUACAAUCAAGCAUCAUGCUUGCAUGAUCGAUAUAUUAAGCCGUGCCGGAAAGUUCAAUGAAGUCGAAAGCUUCAUCAACGUCAUGAAGGUUACAUCGGACCCCUUGAUUUGGGAGACAAUUCUUGGGGCUAGUGCAAGGCAUGGGAAUGAGAAACUUGGUGAAAGUGCUGCAGAGAAACUGUUGGAGCUUGACCCUGGUACAGCCUCCCAUUACAUAUUACUAUCGAAUCUUUUUGCGGCCAAGGGUCGGUGGGAGGAUGUCCGACAAGUCGGGGCAUUGAUGACCCACUGUGGUGUUAAGAAAGAAGCUGAGUGUGUUUUCAGGUGCGGAGAUGGUUUUCAUCCUAGACACGAGGGGAUCUACGUAAAACAAGCUUCUUGUUAUGUUCAAUCACUUGAUUGUUACUUGUAUAUGCCUCAUAUUUUUUAUAGUUUGGAGUAA